GUAGCCCAGGCAAGUGCCCUGCGCUCACAAGGAGGCGUGGGUCCGCCGCUGCCAGUGUUGUGCAUCUAUUCGCGGUGGAGAGGAGCGAAGAGACAGGCUACCAUCGGAUGCGAACGUGCAAUCAUGUCACUGGGGCUGGCAGGCUGUGCAGCGAGAGUACUUGAAUAAUCCCCCUCGUGCGAUAAGCGGACUCACUGAAGGAAUAAGCAAUGGGAGGACAGAUAACAAGGAAUUCCUUUUACGAUUCCCUGGGUGGCCCGUUCCCCUCCACGUCCCACCGAUGCCACCACAAACCCAAGCGCUGCCUACCCAUGCACUGCGGAGGCGUGGGGGGGCCAUUUCCCAUCAGCCCCCUGCUCUUCCACCCGAGCGCCAAGGGUUCCCAGAUCGUCAUGGACCUGUCCCAGAAGACUGUGAAGAGGCAGGCCAGCUUCUGCAACGCCAUCACGUUCAGUAACAGGCCCAUAGCGCUGUAUGAACAAGUGCGACUCAAGAUCACUAAGAAGCAGUGUUGCUGGAGUGGUGCUCUCCGUCUGGGCUUCACCUCCAAAGACCCCUCCAGGAUAAACCCGGACAACCUGCCCAAAUACGCCUGCCCCGACCUCGUGUCCCAGAGCGGCUUCUGGGCCAAGGCGCUGCCCGAGGAGUUCGCCAACGAGGGGAACGUUAUUGCAUUUUGGGUGGACAAGAAAGGCCGCGUCUUCUACAGGAUCAACGAGUCCAGCCCCAUGUUGUUCUUCAGCGGAGUGAGGACCUCCGAAUCGCUGUGGGCACUUAUCGAUGUGUACGGGUUAACAAGAGGCGUGCAGCUGUUAGAGAGUGAGAUCGUGCCUCCUGACUGCCUGCGCCCACGCUCCUUCACCACGAUGCGUUCUUCGUCUCUGCGUCGUGAAGCUGACGACUCGCGCCUCUCCGUCUCCCUGUGCGACCUCAACCGGCAACAGGACGAAGGAAGCUCCAACCACGGCAACCGCCACACCCUCCACCUGACCGCUGCCUCGUCCUCAUCAGCCUGCCCCAUCCCGCAAAACUCCCUCAACUCCCAGCAGUCAUCUCUGCUACCAUCUUCACUGGAAAGCGACUUGCAUUUCCACCAACUCAGAGGGGCACAUAUUAAAACGCUUGACGAACAGACUGUGGCGAGAUCGGAGCACGCCAGAGAAGAGCGUACGCUAGUUUUUACCAAUCGCUCGUUGCGGAUUGGCGAAACGGUUUUCAUCAAAGUUACAAAGUCGAGCCCGGCGAGAUCUGGGUCACUGUCGUACGGCGUGACGUCAUGCGAUCCUGCCGUGUUACGUCCGAGUGAUUUGCCAUACAACCCGGAAGCGUUGGUGGAUCGGAAGGAGUUUUGGGCGGUGUGCAGGGUUCCCACUCCCAUCCAGAGUGGAGACAUCCUGGGGUUUUUGGUGAACCAGGAAGGAGAGGUGAUCCUGAGUCAUAAUGGGACCAGCGUGGGCAUGCAGGUGUGCGUGGACAACUCCAGACCGCUGUGGAUGUUCUUUGGGUUGCAUGGUGCAGUCACCCAGCUGAAGAUUCUAGGUUCGACCCACGGCGCAGACCCAGGGGCGACCUCCGGCCACAACUCCCCCUCCUCCUCCCCCCUGACCCCGAGUGCUUUGGGCAGUGGCAGCUCUGACCCCGCCCUCAACGGAGGUCUGUGCUCCGCGGCUUACUGCAGCUCAGCGGGAGGGACCACCCCCAACUCUCCGAUCAGCCUGCCCAAGUCCCCCACCUUCCCAUCAGGCCGCUCGCCGUGGACUGACGAAUGCUCCAUCUGCUACGAAAACAUGGUGGACACCGUCAUCUACGCCUGCGGUCACAUGUGUCUCUGCUACACCUGCGGCAUCAAGCUGAAGAAGAUGUCCAACGCGUGCUGUCCCAUCUGCCGGAGACAAAUCAAAGACAUUAUCAAGACCUACCGAAGCACAUAAAGAAAUGAACACCAAAAAGUGAAUGGUUUGAAAUCGCAGAUGCUAGGAAGAAGUAGUUUCAGGACUUGACGUGGUACCGAGGAUUUCCUGUUGAUUGGUUUUGACAUGACCUUUACCGAGGCUCAAUACGCUUCAUUGGAUAGGUCGUGUACACUUUGGACUUUGCAGCACUUUUGAGUGACUGUGUUUUUCGCCUGAAAGAGUUUUUUGGUCUCCGUCAGGCAACUUCAGAACCCUAUAUUUCUUAGUUGAAGAGCCAUGUCAGGAAGUCACCGCUAAAUGGGCUAAUAAUGUGACAUCUUUGGAGUAGAAUGUCCAACUAAAAAGCGCUGGAAUUUACCAACUAAGAUAAAAGCACACAGUGAUGGUCUCAGUACGUCACAACUUGUGUCUGUGCCACUGAGAAAAACAGAAAACUGAAUUAGCAAACUUCUGAUAUUGUCAUGUUGGCUAGCUGUUAGCGACAGUGUGGUGGUGCUGAUUAGCCUAUAAUGCAUAGGAUUGUAACAUCUUGUAUUAUCUAAUGUACUUUAUGGUAGUUCUAUUGCUAACAGUGGUGGUAGCUAUGUUAUUGUGCUAGCAAGUGGCUUACUCUCUGCAAUGUGGUAUGUCGCACUGAAGUUAGUAUUGUUAGCAUUGUCUCUGGAAAAUCAAAUUAAGAUAAAUGCGACAAAGUUAAAUAUCAUUCAGAUCUUAAAAGUGACAGAAAUAAAAAGAUGAAAAAGUAAGAAAAAGAUUAUUCUCCUCAGGGCCAACUAUAUUUUAGGGAAUCUAC